AUGGACCGCAACUUCGAUAUACCUGAUUCCACUGACUGGACAGCCACGCCACUCCCAGAAGUCGCUCGCUUCGAAUCCGCCUUACGAUGUCAGAUAUGCAAGGACUUCUUCGACAACCCAGUCAUCACCUCUUGUUGUCAUACGUUUUGCUCUCUGUGUAUACGGCGGUGUCUGAGUUCUGAGGGAAAAUGCCCUGUCUGCCGCAGCAGCGAUCAGGAGCUUAAACUACGCCGAAACUGGGCCGUUAGAGAGCUGGUUGAGUCCUUCAAGGCAGCAAGGCCAUCGAUGCUAGCAUUUGUGAGGAAUAAUGCGGUGCAUACAACUCUAGUGUCCAGGCCUGGGCAAGAGGAUGUAGUGGAAAGCCCGGCUACGAAGAGGAGGAAAAUUAACCAUUCGGGCGGAGAUACUGCGAUGGCUCUGGACACUGAUAGGCGAACAAGAUCACAAGCUAGGAGGUUAGAACACAGCAUAAGGCUGGACCAUGAGCCUGUGAUUAUACCUGAUAGUGCAGAUGAAGAAGAAGAAGCUGAGAAGGAAGAAGAAGAAUAUCAACCAGAUGACGGGCUCGUGGCUUGCCCCGUCUGCAUGAGAAGGAUGAAGAAUGAAACAGUCUUUUCUCAUUUGGAUAACUGCACUGGCACGCCAGAGAAAGGAAAUAUCGCUAAGUCAAAUGGAACUAUUAGCUUUCAAGGAUCAAGAAACUCGUUAAGCACUUCAAAGACGUUAACUCGUCUUCCGGCAAUAAAUUACGCCAUUUUCAAAGAUACUUCUCUACGGAAAAAGCUCAAGGAGCUUGGAAUUCCAGAUUGGGGACCUAAACUUAUCCUACAGAAACGGCACACUGAGUGGAUGAAUUUAUGGAAUGCGAAUUGUGAUUCUUUGAAUCCUAAAUCAAAACGAGAUCUUCUCCGGGAUCUCGACGUUUGGGAAAGAACCCAGGGCGGAUUGGCAACCUCGCAAGCUUUGUCGAGAGCCAAUUCUGCAAUAAUGAAGAAAGACUUUGAUGUUACUGCUUGGUCUGAGUCCCAUGAUGAUGACUAUAGAAAACUCAUUGCAGAGGCACGCAGCAUGAGAGCUAAACGGGCAGCAGUACCUGAUACAACUGAGGAUGGCCAGUCAAAUGAACAUGCCAAUGAAACGCCAUUGUCAGCACCAGCACCAGCGCCAGCGCCAACACCAUCAACAGAGACUAACACGACUACCAAUAACCCAGUUCCGGAAAUGCCGAGCGAAUUAAAGGAGAUAGAUGCUGAACAAGGGCAUGCUGAGAUAGAGCCUGAUAGCACGGACAAAUCAAUGCAGGUUGCUGUAGCGGCGCCAUAG